UUACUGGAAACAAUGGCUGACCAAUCCGUGGAGGACAAGAACCUGGAGCUCGCUGCGCUGCGCAAGAAGCGCACGUUCCGCAAGUUCAGCUACCGUGGCGUGGACCUGGACAAGCUCUUGGACCUGAACCAUGAGGAGCUGAUGGACCUGGUGAACGCCCGCGCCCGCCGUCGCUUCUCGCGCGGCCUCAAGCGCAAGCCGAUGGCCCUGAUCAAGCGCCUGCGCAAGGCCAAGGCCGCUGCCAAGCCCAUGGAGCGCCCCGAGGGCAUCAAGACCCACCUGCGUAACAUGAUCAUCGUGCCCGAGAUGAUCGGCUCGGUGGUCGGCGUGUAUAACGGCAAGGAGUUUAACGGCAUUGAGAUCAAGCCCGAGAUGAUCGGCCACUACCUUGGUGAGUUCGCCAUCACGUACAAGCCGGUGACCCACGGUCGCCCCGGUAUCGGCGCCACGAGCGCUGCCCGUUUCAUCCCGCUCAAGUAAGCGGUGUGACCGAGGUGCAGUGACGCGCAGGUGGAUAUCAUAUCUAUCGAUCUUGUGUCUACAUGCCGCUCCCUUUUGGGGUUGAGCCAUUGUAAUACACUCUUCUGACUUGGGACAGCCUUCCCGGAAGACCC